CCCGUCCUCGGCACCCCCCCACCCUUGUCUCUGCAGGAUGACAGUGAAGUUGGGGGACAGCGGCGGCGAGGACGGGCUCAAGAAGCUGGGCAAGAGACCGGCUGAGGAGGAUUCGCUGGAGGGAGAGGCGGCGGGCGCGGGGGACGCGGCCCAGGACGACGACGACGGCGGCGGCACAAAGAGGGAUGGGAAGAGCCCCCGGGACGGCAGCGAAGGUCCCCCCGACCCUCCGGGCCCGUCCUCGUCGGCCGCCGGCCCGCAGGAUCAGCACCACUUCUUGAGAUCCAGCGUGCGGCCGCAGAGCAAGCGGCCUAGGAAGGACUCUCCGUGCGCAGUGGGCAGCGGCGGCCCUGGGCCCCGCGGCAAAGGACCUGAUGGUGGUGGAUCAGCAUCUGGAAAUGGUUGUGGAGGUGCUCCCACUGCUCCUGCAGGAGGCUCACGCUCCUCCUCAAGGAACUUAGGGGCUUCAGGUGGUGAGAAGGAAGAAGGCAAGAAGGUUCGCCGGCAGUGGGAAUCGUGGAGCACGGAGGACAAGAACACUUUUUUUGAGGGGCUCUAUGAGCACGGGAAAGAUUUUGAAGCCAUUCGGAACAAUAUUGCUCUGAAGUAUAAGAAGAAAGGCAAGCCCGCCAGCAUGGUGAAGAACAAGGAGCAGGUCCGGCAUUUCUACUACCGUACGUGGCACAAAAUCACCAAGUAUAUCGACUUUGACAAUGUGUUCUCCCAUGGGCUGAAGAGGUCAUCGCAGGAGUUGUAUGGUCUCAUCUGUUAUGGCGAGCUGCGCAAAAAGAUCGGGGGCUGUAUGGAUGACAAGAAUGCAUCCAAGCUGAAUGAGCUCAUCCAGGCUGGAGCCACCACCGUGAGAUACAAAGGCAGGAACCUGAGAAUCAAAGCGCCCAUGUGCCGAGCCCUAAAGAAACUCUGUGAUCCUGAAGGUCUGAGUGACGAGGAAGACCAGAAGCCUGUGCGCCUGCCCCUGCGGGUCCCUGUGGAGUUGCAGCCCCGGAGCAAUCAUGCGUGGGCCCGAGUGCAGAGCCUAGCCCAGAACCCUCGACUCAGGAUGAUUGUGGAGCUGCACCGGAAGGUGUCCAGCCUCAUCGAAUUCCUGAAGCAGAAAUGGACACUACAUGAAGCUCGUGUUCGAAAGACACUGGAGGAGCAGCCACCACAAGAGUCCUGUACGGAACCAGUGCCUGAGAGUGAGGCGCUGCGCCUCUUCCCUGGGGAAAGCUGUGCCCUAACACCCCUGCCUGGUGUGGCCCGCGUGGUACACUCCAAGGCCUCCUGCACGGUCCAUUGGCAGGAGGGCAGUCGGUGCAAGCAGAGUGCCAAGGACACCCAUUCGUUGCCCCCUGCCCAGAUACUGGGCAUCCAGAGUGGCCAGGGCACUGCCCGGGGCCAGGUGAAGUGCCCACGGGGUGGCACUGAGGCCAAGGGUGGUGGGCGGUCUUCUGCCUGCAUGGACCCACCACAGAGCCCUGGGGAGAGCUCCCCGGAGUGUGUCCCCACGGACGGUGCUGCCCCUGGCCUCAGCAGCCCAGAUGGCCCUGAUGGGCUGCAGGACACUGGAGCAGGCCUUGAGAAGACACGCGCUCCUGAGGCCGACUGUGCCUGUGAGCAGCUGCCUGACCUGGAGGAUGAGCUCUCCCUCCUGGACCCGCUGCCCCGUUACAUGAAGUCCUGCCAGCACCUCAUUAUCCCUGAUCAGUGCCGCUGCCCAUCCCCAUCCCUGUCCCCAGAGACACAUGUGCCCAGCCCACCUGGCCCUGGUCUCCCGCCGGAUGUUCGCACUCCUGAAGCUGCCGCUGUGCCCGUGGAGGAAGUCCAGGAGAAGGGGAGCUCCCUGGAUCCUUCACGACCUCAGGGGCAACUCACUGCCAAGCACGCAAAGGAGGUGCCCAGCAGUGCCCUGGCCCAGCAGCUACGCACAGAGGGUUGGGGCCUGCAGAGUGCCGAGAGCCUCACACUGGCUGAAGUCUACCUCAUGAUGGGCAAGCCCAGCAAGUUACAGCUGGAAUACGAUUGGCUGGCUGUGCGGGGCCCCGAGGCUGCUGCUGCCACCUCCUGCCACCAGCAGCGUCUCCUCCGAUGCCUGCUGAGGCUCAUCUCCACCGAAGUCAACCCCAGGCCGGCCCCUGAAACAAAUGUGGGCCCCACAUUCAUGAGGCCCAUCCAGGAGGAGCAGUCAGUGACACCCCCAGGGAAGGUGGGCACCAUCAGCUCCCGGAGCCCCCGCUGCCCACGGAGCCAGUCUACCCUGCGCGGCAGCAAGACCUUCUCGCCGCCCUUAGGUCCCUGCUCCUCAGGUUUGAGAAACACUCCACGGCCUCUCUUGGUGGCUGGUCCUUCCAGUACAGGAAACAGCGACUCUGAUGGUGGCCUUUUUGCUGUCCCAACCACUUUGCCACCCAACAGCCGACAUGGGAAGCUCUUCUCUCCUAGUAAAGAAACAGAACUGACGCUCCGUCAGCAUCUGAACUCCAUCAGCAUGCAGUCAGAUUUCUUCUUGCCCAAGCCCAGGAAGCUGCGGAACCGGCAUCUGCGGAAGCCACUGGUGGUCCAGAGAACGCUGCUCCCCCGGCCAUCAGAGAGCCAGUCCCACAAUGUCUGCGCCUUUUCCAUCCUGUCCAACUCGCCUGUCACUGGGAGAGGUUCCUUCCGGCCCAUCCAGUCAGCCCUGAGCAAGGCAGCUCUGUCCCGACCCAUUGUGCCCAAGGUCCUCCCACCCCCAGCCGCAAGCCCACUGACCACAGGCGCUAUCGACCUCGCUGCGAAAAGUGCCGGCAUCAUCCCUGUAGGCCCCCUGCCCAUCCUGGACGCGGAUAGCCUCUCUGGCAUUGCACCACUGCCCUCCAACGAGAUGACAGUGGCCAUCUCAAGCCAGGACUCUGGCAGGACGAACCCAGAUGGAGAGCGUGGACCUGCUGUGGUGGGCACAAGUGACCCAUUCGUCAGUGUCUCCUCGGGGCCCGAGCAGGAGCCGGCGACAGGCGCUUUCCAGGGGUCAACUGCCCUGGUGCUCUCAGAGCUGCCCAAGGCUCCGCUCCCCAACGGCCUUCCCCCGCUGCUACCCUCUGACGCCUCCCGCACCCGACUUUCCCCACCUAAUGUCUCUGCACUCCUGGACAUCUCCUUGCCUGGGCCCCCCGAGGAUGUGCUUUCACAGGGCGAGCCUGCAACACACAUCAGCGAUUCCAUUAUUGAGAUCGCCAUCAGCUCCGGACAGUACGGCGAGGGCGUCCCUCUUUCUCCUGCAAAACUCAACGGCAGCGACAGUUCCAAGAGUCUGCCCUCUCCAGCCAGCAGCCCCCAGCCUGACUGGAUUGCCUCCCCGAACCACGACCCCCAGUGGUGCCCCAGUGACCCCACGGACUCCUCACUCAGCAGCCUAUUUGCCAGUUUCAUCUCCCCGGAGAAGAGUCGCAAGAUGCUGCCAACCUCUGCUGGCACCAAUAGUGGCACCUCGCUCCUGGGCCCCAGCUUGCUGGAUGGAAGCUCACGGGACUCCUUUGUGUCUCGGUCCCUGGCUGAUGUGGCGGAGGUCAUGGAUUCCCAGCUGGCCUGCAUGAUGAACGAGAAUAGUGUGGACUACAUAUCUCGCUUCAAUGAUCUGGCCCAGGAGCUGUCCAUCAGUGAUCCCGGCCGACGAGAGGCUCUGUUUGAUGGGGGCAGCGGACCCCCCAUCGGUGACCUGUCCCAGUGAUGGCCUAGGGUUCAGUGUCCUUAACUGGCAGGGUGCAGCCCAGGACUCCCAGAGGAGAGUACAGGCAGUAGCACCCCAUGUGUCAAGCAGGCAGAGGGCAGUAGUGUCCUGGAGAUGGAUCCUGGGCUCCUAAAGGGCCACUGUAAGUGGACCAGGGCAUUGGCCUUUAUCCUAGAGUCUGGGGAGUCACCCCAGUCCCACCACACUGCUGCCUCCACAGUUGUGUGGGAUAUUCUAGUAGGGUCUCUGCCAGGAGAGAAGCUUGGACCCAAUGGGGUGCCUUUUGCCCUGGAAGGCCCAACCGGCAGGCCGGACUGUGUUGCCCCCUUCCGCCAAACCUGGCCCCACCUUGGUUGCUCUCUUGGAUGGGUGGAGUGCAGUUGGGCUUGGUGAGGGCAGUGGACACAGAACAGUGUGACCAUGCCCUCUCCCAGACAGUAGACCUGCUAUGCUUCUGCUUGCGCUGAGGUUGGAAGACUUGAUAGGAGGAAACCAAGUGUCCUGCCAGCUGGCCUAAGAAGUUCACAUGUGAAACAGGGCUCCUGGGUGCUCGAGACCAGCCUCCUUUCUAUGAAUCAGGAGCGGCUUUGGAGGAGACAGUCCGAACCUCUGGCACGUCCCUGAAUCACCUCCAUCAGCCCAAUGUCUCCUUCCAUGGUCACACAGCAUGCCAGGUGCCUGCGUGCGGCCCUUGCCCGUGCCUUUUCUGAUCUCAACAGUCUCCUGGGGCGAACAUGG